ACCAAUUUUAUUUUAGAGAAUGACGGGCGAGAUAGGGUGAACGUGACCACCAGGCAGCGAACAAUUGAAAAGAAGGUCGUACAGGACGCCGUCAUGGAAGACGCUGGGGAUGGCUCGGGGAUGUCACAAGAAACUGGGGCACGGGAGCAAGAGAAAGGUUAUGGGAAACCUGGAGAAGAGGCUCCGAUAGACAAAGCUGCGUCGGCCAAAAAUGAAUUUCGGUAUCAGAUGCCCAUUCUAACUAUGCCCGAGAUUGAUGACGCCCUUAGCAAGCUGCUAGGGACCAUGGUAUUGGUCUCUUUCCAAACCAUGUUGCAGGCAAGCCCCAGGCUCCUGAAAGGCCUUAGACAGCUACUGACGAGGCGAAGAAUAGAGGUAGAAGAAGGGCCGGAACAGCAAGAGGAAGAGAAGGAAGAGGAGGCACAACGAGAAGUCGCCAACUUCCAAAGGAUCCCCGGGAACCUGGAUGAGCUAGAGAAGGCCUUCGCAGACAUCCGGCUAAGCCUGCCAGACCGUGAAGGUGGCGAGGUUAUGAGGGCAGCACCAGGGAGAAAACUUAGCUUCCACACACUACCGCAAGUUGAAGGAGGUCUCCAAGUUGGAGAACAAGCUGUAGGAGUUGGAGAGUUGGCAGGAGGCGAUGUUACUCUUAGUGGAGCCAGAGCCCUGAGCCAGUUUGUUAAGCCACAUCUCCAUUUUAGUGGGGUUGUGCUGGCGAAGUGCCAUCGUGUCGACGUAGUGUUUUUUUUAGUGGGAUUGUGUCGUCGGAGUGCUGGCUUGACGGCCAUGGUUUAUUUCAAGGGGGAGCUGCUGUUCGAUUGGCGGCAUGACAACGGCGACAUUUUCAGUAGGGACACGCUGCAAAAUUUUGGGUUCCGAAGUGGGGAUGUUCCUGCUGAUGUAGCAGAACUGAUUGUUGUUAGGCAUGGGGAGACAAUUUCAAAUGCUGAUGGUCGUCUUCAGGGCCAAAGUGAAUCAGAGCUAAAUGAUGUGGGCUUGAACCAAGCAGACGCUAUCGCGGAGAGACUGGCACGAGGUGAUCUUCCAUUCACGGCGAUCUAUUCAUCUGACCUCAAGAGGGCUAUGGAUACGGCAAAAGUAAUCGCAGGGAAGACAGGCUGUGAGAAGGUUUUGCCUCAUGCAGGGUUGCGAGAGCGCUGCUUAGGUGUUCUGCAAGGUUUGCUGAGAAAGGAAGUGGAAACUUCACAUCCUGCAGCCUUCCGGGCCCUCAUCUCCAAAAGCUGGAAUGAAGCUAUCCCGGGAGGUGGGGAAAGCAGGGGCCAGUUAUCCAACCGAGUUCUGGAAGCAGGGGAGGAGAUUGCAAAAAGCCAUUAUGGAGAACGUGUAGUUAUUGUAACGCAUGGAGGGGUGCUUAACUGCUUUCACUACAAUGCAACAGGUAGAAAUGCUUCUGGGAAGGCUGUCAAUGCUGCAAUCAACAUCUUCCAGAUUGACAGAAAAGGGACCUGGAAAUUGGUGAGUGCCACGUCAGCAACAGUGCCACGUCAGCAGUGCCACGUCAACAGUGCCACGUCAGCAACAGUGCCAUGUCAGCAGUGCCAUGUUAGCAGUGCCACGUCAGCAACAGAGCCACGUCAGCAGUGCCCCACCACCAUGACGGUCUCAGUUCUGGCCAUGCCAGGCCAACUGGCCAAUGAGUCCGCUGCCAAGUACCGACGGCGGUUCGAAGCUCAGCUCGCACUGAUCGAGGCUAAGGAGCAGCGCCAGGUGGCAGCCGAGGCUGCUCGCCUACAAGCUGAAGCGCCGCACCGCGAAGACACGACGGAAGAGCAGCACAAGGAGUUCCUUGCCAAACUCGUGACCCGGUUGGAUUACACUUGUAACCACCUGCAGUCCGAGCUGGCGAAUCUUCGACGGGCGGUGCGGAACCACAAGGAUCUGCACGAGGAUGCCACAUGGGCACUUGAUUCCCGUGUACAGGACUUGGAGCAAGUUGCACCAAGACCAGAUGCUGGCGAGUCCAGCAGUGCACCCUCUACCCGCCAAUUGGAGGAACGAGUUGACCACGUAGUUGCAAUGCUCGGCGACAUCAGCACCUUCGCUGCACCAGCCACCACCAGCAUGCAGCUGGACACCUUGAAGAUCGAGCUUCAGCAACUGCACCAGCGGCCCAACAAGGAGGGCAACACCAGUGCGCAGCACUACAAGAUGCCGACAUUCCAAAUCGAAAAGUUCGAUGAUUAUACGCUGCUACCAACUCCGUUGAUGGACGCCGAAGUAGAGGUUGUCGACCUUCACGACUACAUUGUGAAGAUCGACCGCGAGUUCAAGACACAACGGAAAUCGCAGCCCACGCAAGUCACGUUGGCCGACGGUCACACGCACAAGUCAAUCGACCGGUGCAUUGAUGUCGUCCCCUUGUACUUCGCCCCGCAUGGAAGCGAGGUCGUGUCCUUCGACAUUUUGGACACCAAGUUCGACAUGAUCUUGGGCAUGUCAUGGCUGCGAAGCGAGGAUCMCCCGGUGAACUUCUACCGCCGCACCGUUCACGUUCGUGACCGGAACAGACUACUAGUCCCAUGCACGGUACCUCCUCCUCACCCUUCAAUCAGCUGCCAUGUGAUGUCCGCCGCAAGCAUUCGAGCUUCCAUCAUCAGGGAUGACAUCAAGGAGAUGGGGGUGUGUUUUCUCCACGCCCUCCCGCCCCAAGACAUUCCAUCGACGGAAUCACCACUGGACCCAUGCAUCACCGAGCUUCUUGACGCCUACGGCGACGUGUUUGAAGCCCCGCACGGAGUGGUACCGGAUCGGCCCAUCCGCCACGAGAUCAUCCUCGAGGCCGGGGCCAUACCUCCGCGUGGUUGCAUCUACUGCAUGAGCGAGGAGGAGUUAAGUGUGCUACGGGCACAACUCGACGAUCUUCUCGAGAAAGGCUGGAUUCGGCCUAGCUCUUCACCAUACGGUGCCCCCGUUCUCUUCGUCUGGAAGAAGAACAAGGAUUUGCGGUUGUGCAUCGAUUAUCACCAACUCGAGAUCCGGCAGGAGGACCACUACAAGACUGCGUUUAAGACGCAAUAUGGGCAUUUUCGAAUGGCUGGUUAUGCCUUUUGGCCUUACGAAUGCCCCGACCACAUUCCAAGCGGCUAUGACAACGGAUCUUGGAACAACACGACGGCGGCGACUGGCACCCCGAAGUAUUUCAGCCACAAAGUGCCUCCCAUCAAUUCACUUAAUGAUGCAAGGAAGAAGGAGCUGCUCGCGUUCGUGAUGGCUCUCAAGCGAUGGCGGCACUUCCUCCUUGGGCGUCGUAGGUUCACAUCGGUCACGGACAACAACCCAUUGACCUACUACAAGAUGCAGGAUACGGUGCGCAGCACGAUUGGACGAUGGAUGUACUUCAUCGACCAAUUUGACUUCACACCGAAACAUCUCGCCGGCCUCUCCAAUCGCGUAGCAGAUGAACUCUCGCGAAGACCCGACCUUUGCCCUAUGACACAUCAUGCCUUCGCAUUCGACGAGGAACUCCAGCGACACUUCAUCUGGGGCUAUGAGUCUGAUCUGGAUUUCGCCACGUUGUAUGCACAACUAUCUUCGGAUCACCCACCGGCAAGCCACUAUCGCAUUGUCGACGGGUACUUGCUCCUCCACUCGAGAGGCAAGGACUUAUUGUGUGUCCCACGAGACCGUUGUCUUCGGACUCGCCUUCUUGGUGGAUACCAUGACUCGCAACUGACCGGCCAUUUCGGAGUCAAUCGCACUAUUGCACGACUUCGGCAACGGUUUCGAUGGCUCGACCUCAUUACUGAUGUCACUCGGUAUUGCGACUCUUGUGAAGUUUGUCGACGAAGCAAGCCCCGCAACCGCAAUCCCUACGACGAGUUGCGCCCGAUGCCUAUCCCACGGGAACCCGGCCUCUCCAUUGCCAUGGACGUCACCGGUCUGUUUCCCCGCGACCGCCUCGGGCACGACGACAUCCUCACGGUCCCUGACCGUUUGAGUAAGUAUGCGCAAUUUCUUCCUUGCAAGUACUACGCCAUGGCUCCCGAACUUGCGCGCCUCUUACACACUGGCUGGAUUUGCAGCCACGGCGUGCCAGAAGACAUCGUCAGCGACCACGACACUCGCUUCAUGUCGACAUUUUGGACUUCUCUCAUGCAGGAAUCCGACACGAAGAUGAAACCAAGUUCGGCUUGGCAUCCACAAACGGACGGGCAAACGGAAAGGGCAUAUCAAACCGCUCAAAUGAUGCUUCGUACGCUCAUCCGUCCGGAUCAGAAGGAUUGGGUUGACAGCCUCCCCGACAUCGAGUUCGCCUACAACACUUCGUUGUAUCCGACGAUCGGCGUGACUCCAUUCGAGUUGCACCACAAUGGCCGGAAAGACCGUAUCUUCGCUGAUCUUCUCCUUCCACGAACAACCGACAUAGACGCUGCUUGCUCCCCCGCUUCCGUCCGGAAGUACAGGGAAUUGCUGGCUCAAGCCCGCGCGAACAUGCAAAAGGCUCAAGUCUGCAUGCAGCAGCAAGCCAACAGGCGUCGCGUGCCAUGUCCCAUCCGCGCCGGUGAUCUGGUGUGGGUCUCCGCGGAAGAGUUUGCACUUGAGCAGGAUGUUUCACGCAAACUGCUUCCCAAGUGGUUUGGACCAUGGCCCGUAACAUCAGCCGCGGGCGACGAGCCUGAUGGCCCCUCAUUUGUGAUCAACAUCCCCCCGCAUCUGACGGUCCAUCCAGUCUUCCAUGCUUCGAAGUUGGCGACAUAUACACCAGCUAAGAGCGACGACUUCUCGGGCUGAAGAUCGCAAGAUCCUCCAUCUAUAGAUGGUCAUCAGGAAGUUGACCGCGUCAUCACGGAUCGCAAGUACGGCAGCA